AUGCGCUCGGGGGGGUACUGGUACUUCGAGUACCCCAACUGGAGCUAUCUCGAUGGAAUGUACUCUCUGAUCCCGUUUCUCUUGUCCUACACCGCUCACUUCGAUCCUAAGAAUGAGACUGUUACCGACGAUGUCAUUCACCAACUUGAUCUGCUUUGGACUCACUGCUACCAAAACGAAUCCGGUCUCCUUGUUCACGGCUACGAUGCGUCAAAAACUGCGUCGUGGGCGAACCCAGUCACCGGGGCUAGUCCAAUUGUCUGGGACCGCUCUUUAGGAUGGUAUAUCAUGGCGCUCGUGGAUAGCUUGGAGCUUUCGCUGCCAUUCCCCCCAACGCUUCGGAGAUUGAUUCAACUGGCCGAAUCUGUGAUCUCAGCCGCCGAUCCGAAGACAGGAUGCUGGUGGCAAGUUAUGACUCUUCCCAACAAGCAGGGGAAUUACAUCGAAUCUAGCGGGUCGGCAAUGUUUACGACCGCUUUAUUCAAAGCAGCUCGACUAGGCUAUAUGCCCAAAAACCUUGCUGCCGAAGCAAGGAAGGCAGCGGGAAGAUGCUAUAACCACCUUGUUGACGCGUUUGUGGUCAAAAAUGAGAAUGGCACACUGGAUUAUAAUGGGACUGUCUCUAUUUGUAGCUUGAACUCUUCGGCUUCUUAUGAGUACUAUGUCUCGCAACCUCUUCUUUACAACAGCGUUCAUGGGACGGCAGCUUUUGUGCACGCGAGUCUAGAGCAAGAGAUGCUGGAUAACGCGGAAACUUCCUCGCAGAGAUGA